AUGCGCCUUACGAUCUCGUCGCGUUCGCGACCCCAGCCCGUCGCCUUCGCUCCGCCCGUCGCCUUCACUUCCCCCCCGUCGCCUUCACUUCUUCCCCGUCACCUUCCCUCCCCCCCCUCCCCCCCCUCUUCCCCCGCCUUCAUUUCCCCUUCCCGUCGCCUUCACUUCCUCCUCCCUUCGCCUUCACUUCCUCCUCCCUUUGCCUUCACUUCCUCCUCCCUUUGCCUUCACUUCCUCCUCCCUUCGCCUUCACUUCCUCCUCCCUUCGCCUUCACUUCCUCCUCCCUUUGCCUUCACUUCCUCCUUCCUUCGCCUUCACUCCCCCCUCCCGUCGCCUUCAUUUCCCCCUCCCGUCGCCUUCAAUCCCCCUCCCGUCGCCUUCAUUUCCCCCUCCCGUCGCCUUCAUUUCCCCCUCCCGUCGCCUUCAUUUCCCCAUUCACGCUCUCUUUCCCUCCCUUCCGCCCGCUGCCCCCCUUCGUCUCGUCGCCCUCCCUGCCGCUCGUCACACUCGCUCCCGCUCGUCCCCUCGCAAUCCCCGUCUCUCUCUCCCCCCGUCGCCCUCGGUUUCCCCGUCGCCCUCCCUUCCUCUCGACGUUGCCCUCGCCAUCCCUCCCUUCUCCCUUCCCAUCUCGCACACUUGUCACUCCCCCUUUCCAACCCACACAUACACCCUUCCCUUCUUCCCUGUUCCCCCCCAUCUCCAUCCCUGUUCCCCCCCAUCUCCAUCCCUGUUCCCCCCCAUCUCCAUCCCUGUUCCCCCCCAUCUCCAUCCCUGUUCCCCCCCAUCUCCAUCCCUGUUCCCCCCCAUCUCCAUCCCUGUUCCCCCCCAUCUCCAUCCCUGUUCCCCCCCAUCUCCAUCCCUGUUCCCCCCCAUCUCCAUCCCUGUUCCCCCCCAUCUCCAUCCCUGUUCCCCCCCAUCUCCAUCCCUGUUCCCCCCCAUCUCCAUCCCUGUUCCCCCCCAUCUCCAUCCCUGUUCCCUCCCAUCUCCAUCCCUGUUCCCCCCCAUCUCCGUCCCUGUUCCCCCCCAUCUCCGUCCCUGUUCCCCCCCAUCUCCGUCCCUGUUCCCCCCCAUCUCCGUCCCUGUUCCCCCCCAUCUCCGUCCCUGUUCCCCCCCAUCUCCGUCCCUGUUCCCCCCCAUCUCCGUCCCUGUUCCCCCCCAUCUCCGUCCCUGUUCCCCCCCAUCUCCGUCCCUGUUCCCCCCCAUCUCCGUCCCUGUUCCCCCCCAUCUCCGUCCCUGUUCCCCCCCAUCUCCGUCCCUGUUCCCCCCCAUCUCCGUCCCUGUUCCCCCCCAUCUCCGUCCCUGUUCCCCCCCAUCUCCGUCCCUGUUCCCCCCCAUCUCCGUCCCUGUUCCCCCCCAUCUCCGUCCCUGUUCCCCCCCAUCUCCGUCCCUGUUCCGCCCCAUCUCCGUCCCUGUUCCCCCCCAUCUCCGUCCCUGUUCCCCCCCAUCUCCGUCCCUGUUCCCCCCCAUCUCCGUCCCUGUUCCCCCCCAUCUCCGUCCCUGUUCCCCCCCAUCUCCGUCCCUGUUCCCCCCCAUCUCCGUCCCUGUUCCCCCCCAUCUCCGUCCCUGUUCCCCCCCAUCUCCGUCCCUGUUCCCCCCCAUCUCCGUCCCUGUUCCCCCCCAUCUCCGUCCCUGUUCCCCCCCAUCUCCGUCCCUGUUCCCCCCCAUCUCCGUCCCUGUUCCCCCCCAUCUCCGUCCCUGUUCCCCCCCAUCUCCGUCCCUGUUCCCCCCCAUCUCCGUCCCUGUUCCCCCCCAUCUCCGUCCCUGUUCCCCCCCAUCUCCGUCCCUGUUCCCCCCCAUCUCCGUCCCUGUUCCCCCCCAUCUCCGUCCCUGUUCCCCCCCAUCUCCGUCCCUGUUCCCCCCCAUCUCCGUCCCUGUUCCCCCCCAUCUCCGUCCCUGUUCCCCCCCAUCUCCGUCCCUGUUCCCCCCCAUCUCCGUCCCUGUUCCCCCCCAUCUCCGUCCCUGUUCCCCCCCAUCUCCGUCCCUGUUCCCCCCCAUCUCCGUCCCUGUUCCCCCCCAUCUCCGUCCCUGUUCCCCCCCAUCUCCGUCCCUGUUCCCCCCCAUCUCCGUCCCUGUUCCCCCCAUCUCCGUCCCUGUUCCCCCCAUCUCCGUCCCUGUUCCCCCCCAUCUCCGUCCCUGUUCCCCCCCAUCUCCGUCCCUGUUCCCCCCCAUCUCCGUCCCUGUUCCCCCCCAUCUCCGUCCCUGUUCCCCCCCAUCUCCGUCCCUGUUCCCCCCCAUCUCCGUCCCUGUUCCCCCCCAUCUCCGUCCCUGUUCCCCCCCAUCUCCGUCCCUGUUCCCCCCCAUCUCCGUCCCUGUUCCCCCCCAUCUCCGUCCCUGUUCCCCCCCAUCUCCGUCCCUGUUCCCCCCCAUCUCCGUCCCUGUUCCCCCCCAUCUCCGUCCCUGUUCCCCCCCAUCUCCGUCCCUGUUCCCCCCCAUCUCCGUCCCUGUUCCCCCCCAUCUCCGUCCCUGUUCCCCCCCAUCUCCGUCCCUGUUCCCCCCCAUCUCCGUCCCUGUUCCCCCCCAUCUCCGUCCCUGUUCCCCCCCAUCUCCGUCCCUGUUCCCCCCCAUCUCCGUCCCUGUUCCCCCCCAAUCUCCAUCCCUGUUCCCCUUCCCUGCUCCCCCCCGUCCCCUUCCCUCCUUCUCCCCGUCCCCUUCCCUUCCUCCCCCCAUCCCCUUCCCUGCUUCCCCCCUUCCCCUUCCCUGCUUCCCCCCGUCCCCUUCCCUCCUUCCCCCCGUCCCCUUUCCUGCCUCCCCCCAUCCCCUUCCCUGCUUCCCCUUCAUCCCCUUCCCUGCUUCCCCCAUUCCCCUUCCCUGCUUCCCCCCGUCCCCUUCCCUCCUUCCCCCCGUCCCCCUCCCAGCAUCCCCCCAUCCCCUUCCCUAAACCCCCCCAUCCCCUUCCCUGCUUCCCCCCAUCCCCUUCCCUGCUUUCCCCCAUCCCCUUCCCUGCUUCCCCCCAUCCCCUUCCCUGCUCACCCUUGCUCCCUCUGUUUCACCCUUGCUCCCCCUGUUCACCCUUGCUCCCUCUGAAUCACCCUUGCUCCCUCUGA